UGUAGUCGUGUGUGACAUAACCCCAAAGCACGUUUUAUAUCUUCCUAUUUUUCGCCGGCUAACAUUCCUAAAUAAUUUUCAAAGAUGAAUAACAUUUUGAAAGCAACCUUAAGAGUUAAUGGAUUAAGGUCCUUAUUGAACCCUGCCAGACAGGUGGUGUAUAGCGCCAACUUCCAACAAAGGCUCCUGACCAGGAAUCUCUGGUACAUGUGCGGUUCCAGAGAUGGAAUCAGAACAUUUUCGGAAAACAAACACAGCAACUUGUGCAGUUGCGGCUGCAACAUGACCAAACACGGCGUUCACAGUAAAGGUGAACGAGAACUGGUGGAGUUCCUGACUGAGGAGAUUUUGGCCGAGAAAAAGGCGCAAAAAGUUAAAACUAUUCCCACUGAACUCGAUGGGUUUGCUGCAAGUCUUAAUGGUGCUGAAGUCACCUUAACCAAACAAUGUGGUGAUGAAACUGUCAAGAUCAAAUUCAAUAUUAACCACACAGUUGACACUGAGGCUGAACCAGAGUUGCACGAAAAUUUAGACAAACCUGAAAUUGGAGAACUCAAAUCUAAACCUUCCUUUGAUGUUGAAUUAAUAAGGAAUAAGACCACAGUUAGUAUUAGGUGCUCAUUUAUUGGCCCCAAUGAACAAGAUGAAGGAUACAAUGACAUCUUUGGUAUAGAUGAAAUCAGUAUUUAUGAUGGUGAAUGGAAUGAAAACACCUAUGCCGUUUCUGGUGAAGUCAUUGACUCAGUAAGGUAUUUAUAUGAUUUACUUCUGAAUUAUCUGGAGGAAAAAGGAAUUUCUAAUGAAUUUGUGGAGAAACUAUCACAAUACAGCACAGCCUAUGAACACACAGCAUACAUUGGGCUGUUAGAAGGUCUUUCAAAGUUUGUGUCUGGAAAGUAGACAUCACAAAGUUAAUAUUUUAAGUCUUAAGUGUUAUGUUUAAGUGUUAUAUUUUCUAAAUUCACAACCUAGAUUAUAAUGUAAAGUAUAUUUAAA